UCAGAGCUGAAAGAGGAGAAGGAAGUAAAAUGGGGUGGUGCAGAUGAUGCGGGUGCUGACGAGGAAGAGCAGGGUUACGAUGAUUAUGAUGAUGACUUUGAGGAUUAUGAUGAUGACUUUGAAGAUGAAGAAGAAGAUUCUGCAGAUGCUAGAGCUGUUCCACUGAAGGGCCUUUCCCCCCGGUUACAGCAAGUGGCUCACUGGAACGCUGACAAUGCUACAAGAGAGGAAAUGGAUGAGGUAUUAAAGGCAAUGAAUGAGGAGAAUGCCAGGCUAUUGAAUGAGUCACGUAGGAGUGACUGGUCCAGUACACCUGACUCAGACGAGAACACAGACAGCCGGAGAGCAGAUCAACCAGUCAAGAGACCAGUUACAAGUAGAAGUCGGGGAUUCAUCAACUUUGUUUCUGCCAAACAACGCCAGAUCUCAGACAAGGCUGCGUCAAAGGCACGACGGCGUGGCCAAGAGUUGCUGCAGCUUAUUGAGCUGGAUGUGGCAAAUUUUAGUCUGUUUGACCUCCCUCCAGUGAAAGAGUAUGAACUGUACAUGAGGAAUUUUGGGAGCAUGAAUACUAAACAGGCCUACAUACAGACCAAUGAAGACAAUAUAGAUCGUGACAUUCAGACAGAAGAGAUUGAAACCAAAGAAAAAUGGUGCCAGCACCCACCAGAAGACCUAAAGGGAUCAGGAGGUGAUGAUGAAGAAACUGAGAAAAGUGUGGAUUCCAGUGGGAAAGUGGACUCUGUCAGGCUGACUAAGUUCUUGCAGCAGUCAUUACAAGUGGUGGCAAUCUUAUUAGAAGAGGACCAGGCAGAGAGGAACCAGGCCGAGGUGUUGGCCAGUAGAAGUAACACGUCCUUCAGUGAAAGCACCAUAUCUCUGACACAGCCAUCAUUCUUAGCAGACCGUCCAGUGUUACAAUGCCAUUUCUCACCUGUCCAGAACAACUUACUGUUAGCUGUUCAUGGACCUCCAUCAGGGGGCUCCUGUAUGGAGUUAGCUAACAAGGGAAUGAUCUCUUUAUGGAAUACAAAUGAACCGUCCAGGCCUAAACAAAUUCUCACCUGUGAGUCUCAGCCUACUUGUUGCUGUUUUAGUCCAGAAAAAGCCACCUUGGCAUUUGCAGGCAUGACUGAUGGUUCUCUGGUGGUAUGGGACCUGAGGGAGCCAGCCUCCAUGCAUCAUGUGUACAGAACAAGGGAGGAGGAGUGGCUGCUCAGGAAGCCAACAUAUUUUACAGCUGGAAUUCUUGGUGAAGAAAAUCACCACAGUCCUGUGACAACUGUGAUACCUAUAGUGUCUGCAGCUGAUAGUGCCAAAGCAUCUGUGAUGAGUGCAAAGGAAACAGAUUUCGGGACAGGCCUGUCAUUUCAGCUUGCCUCUGCUGAGGAGAAUGCCUGGGUGCAUUUAUGGGUGGUUGCAGAGAUCAGUAAUCCUGACGAGGCUGGCUCAGAGUCAGAUCUGGGACUGGCCCCUGGGGGCAGAGUUAAACUGUUGAAAAGUUCAUCUUGCAAGUUGGAAAACCCUACAAGAGAUGUCAGGCUGAAGUCUAGUCUCCGUGCUCAUGAACUGGCCCUCUCCCCAGCCAACCCGAGCAACUUCUAUGUUGGAACUGACUCAGGUUAUGUGUAUCAUGGGGUGAGAUCUGGUGGCAAAGCUGUGCCCAGAACAUAUAAGGGAGAAGUAGAUGCUCCUGUUCCAGUGACAUGUUUAGACUUUCCUCCAUUCAGUCACCAGUGUUUUCUGGCUGGAUGUGCAGACGGCAGCAUUAGACUUCACAACCUCCAUUUGGAGACACCUUUGGUCACAUGGUUAAAUUCGACCAAUGGGAAUGCAGUUCAGGUGAUACGGUGGUCAAGGAGUCGUCCUAGUGUGUUCUAUGUCCUUGAUGCAGCAGCCAAACUUCACGUCUGGGAUCUACUGAAGGAUGAUGCUGCACCUGUGAAUACAGAGACCUUUAGUCAGGAUAGUUUGUGUACGUUUUCGCUGUCUAGUGACCACAGUGCAACAGGAAUGGGACUCCCAAACAGAAAAGCUCAGAUGGUGGUGAGUUUCAAGAGAGGAGGGAUGGAUGUUCACACUCUAAGUCAGCACUUAGUAACACAGCAAGUAGGAGAGCUGGAGGAGUUCCUGAAAUAUGUGGAUAAAGUACUUUAGAUUGACUCUAGAAAUGUUGUAUUUAUUUAUUUUAUUUUAUUUUA